AAAAAAUGAAUAUAUAUUAUUUUUACCAUUUGAAAAUUUGAACAUAUAUUUAAAUUGCUACUACAAUUAUUAUUUUCCGUAGCAAAUUACGACCAUGGAUUACAAAAAUGCAUCCAAGCACAAAGAUGAUGGUAUUGUGGUGGAGCCGCGGCGGAAGUACGGUGGCCUUGUGGAAAAAUUGGCUGCCAUGUACGGCGGUGGUGGAGAGAAGCAACGGCAGAUGACGAAACUUCUAGUGAAAGUGAACAUUCAAAAUAGUUUGGGGCCGAUACAUGUUGUUAUGUCGCCGGAAAACACCGUGGGAGAUUUGACGAAGGCGGCGGUAGCUGUUUAUGUGAAGGAAAAGAGGCGGCCGUUGUUGGGGAAUAGUAAUCCAGGGUGUUUUCAGCUGCAUUAUUCUCAAUUUAGUCUUGAAUGUUUGGGGGAGGAUGAAAAACUAAUUGAUCUGGGUUCCAGGAAUUUCUUCUUGUGUCCAAAGCUACGCAACGAAGUUUGAUAUUGCUUCAUCUAGAGAAUUCGUAAAUUUUAAAUGUCUUUGGUUGAUUUGUAUGUAUUUGAGAUUUUGUAAUACUAAAUUCGUCAUAUUGUGUAAUAAUUUCAAUUUAUUCUUCUAGUGCUCUCAACGAGCGAAGAUUAAACAUUGAAUUUAAGUUCUCUCAUCGAGAAUUAUGCAUUGGGAUAUGUUAUGUCGUCGGAUUAGACUCAUUUACCAUCUACCGGUGAGGUCGUAUGCACCGUUAGGCCCGAACAUUGAUGAUGAUGUUCAGGCCUAAGGGUAUAAGUUGAGAAAUUUGUAACAUCCUCGUCCAGAAAGAUAAAAUGUAGAAUUGUGUGUCAACUUA